AUGAUAAAAGUAAUUGAAAAGCGAUUGAAGUCAAAUAGCUAUCAAACGCAUGAUAUCCUUGAGGAUUCUUAAUGUAAUGGCUCAUAAAAUAACUAUAUUGCUAAUUCAAUGACAUUUAAGCCGCCUAUCAUUUUCAAAGAUAAUCCUCUUUACACUCAUAGAUUUACAAUUAACUCGAAUGAAAGGAAAACAUCAUUUUUUUAAUACCAGUAGUCUUCUGAUGAAGCAACUUGUUCAACUUUAACUAACAAUACUCCUAUAAAUAAGAGGAUAAGCAAUAUCUCUCAGUUUAAGUAUGAUUCAGAUGAAACACAAAGGAUUAGAAAUAAAAAUGGAUCAUUAUUUUCUUAGCAAAAAGAUUCUGCUAGAACUCCUAGUUGCUAAAAUAUUCCUUAAACGGAUUUUAAUAAACUAAGUCUAUUAGAAGAAAUACAGAAUAUGGAUAAUUAAGCAACAGAUAAGGCUUUGUGUUUAUCACCUAAAACUAUAAACAAAAGAUAAGUAAAAUCAUUUAAAUUAGACUAAUCAUCAGGUGUUACAUCUAGUUAAAAUAGAUUAAAGAUUAAGUAGAGGGAGUAAAAUUUUAACUCUUACCAAAGUGAUUAGCAUUUAAGUAUGAAUAGUGUUGAAGAGAAGAGAGAAUUCUAAUCUAGUAGUAGUUUAAGAAUGAAAAUGUCUUCUAGACUAAUAAAAACUAGUGAUAACGCUUAUAAUUUCAGCAGCAGUAUGAAUACUGAAAUACCUAUUAUUUAGGAUAGCAAUCAGUGUAUUUAACUAUCUAACAAGGGUAGUAUAUAUAAUUAAACGAACAGCAAUAUGAGCACAAACACUUCAAAGCAGAGUUAUAUGAAAUUAAUAUUUAAUGAAUAAGCUAGAACUAUGAAUGUAGGAAAUUUUUAAGAUUAUCUUUGUUAUUUAUCUUCUUAGCCAAAUUUAAGUGUAAAGUAAAAAAAUAAAAAAUUCAUUAAGCAAUCUUAAUCAAAUGCUCGCCAAAGAAGACCAGUGAAUGACAUUAGUGAUUAUGAAACACACUUAAAUAACUCUUAAAAAUUAAUUCAGCUUAAUAGAUCUCAAAAAUCAAUUUCAUCCUAAAAAGAUUUAUCAUUAACAAAUAUAAGUCCUGUUCCAUAUAUUUUUGAUAACAGGCUAGAAUCAAGCAAUAACUUAAGCGCACUGAUAUCAAAUAAAAAAAGAUUGAGCAUAAGACUUCAUAAAGUAGAAAAAGAUGAUGCAGAAUUAUUUCAUUCUAAAAAAGAUAAAAUUCCUUCUUCAGACACAGUUUAACAAACCUUUUCUCAGUUGCAAAAUCAAUAGCAAUCAACCUAAAAAAUAAAAACUCUUACAAAUAUACCUUCUAUUUCUAUUAUUGAGUCAAAAAAAACUAACAUGAUGAGCUUAAAGCCAAUUUCAAUCAAAAAAAUCAUGGAGCCAGUAAAAAAUAACUAGGUAGAUGAAUCUGUUCAUAAAUUUCAUUAAAAGGAAGAUAGCCCAACAACUAAGACUGUCCACUUUGUUACAAGCAUCUAAAACAUUGAUAUAAAUGAUGACAGCACAUAAGAAACGACAAAAUUAUUUGUACCAAAUUUUAAAAGAAACCACAAGAGAAAUAAUACUUACGCAUCUUCUCCUGAUAUUCAUCUAAAUAAUUCACCAGUAACACUAAAAAAAGAAAAAAGCUUGAUUUCUGAAAAAACAGAGAGAUCCCCAUUAAGAAUCAAAUCCAUGAUUGAUACUUCUCGUGGUUCAAUUUAAAGGAACUCAAUUGCGGGCUAAGUAAAGGCUUUGAAUUUUGCUCACAGACUAAUUUAGUUAAAAGAUAUUUCAAAAGCAACUUAAAAUAUUUAGAAAUGCAUAUAAAAAAUGAUUGAAUAGCUAAAAUAAAUCACUUAGCUUCCUAAAAUUUACCAUAAUAAAUCAUACAAUUUUAUAUUUGAUUUAUGGUCUCGCUUUCCAGAACUUAAAAAUAUAUUUCUUGAUAAAGAAAAGUUAAUAAUUAAAACCCCAAUAUCUGUAACUCCCAAAUAGGUUUUGGAAACACUUAAAUUUGAAAGACUAAAAGUUGUUUACGAUUUAGAUAAAAAAGAAACAAAAAUCACUUACGAUUAAGCCUUAGAAAAAUAUUUGCAGAAAGACUUUUAAAUUUACACAUCAUUCAUGGAGGAAUUCAACAUGAAAAUUCAGCAAACUCAACUUAAAAAUCUAGAAAAGUAAAUAAUUGACCAACAAAAUACUAUUAGCCAGCUUGAAUAAAAAAUGAGUUAUAAUCUUUUAUGCAACCCUAAUCAAUCACAAACAACUUCUAUAACUUAUGCAUUUAAAGAAGAUUAUAAUAAUAAUCUAAAAAGUUUCUUAGAAAGAGGAACUUAUUUAUUAUCCAAAUAAUCAGAAAAAUUUGAAACUGCUGAAAAAAAAUAUGGUAACUUUGAAAAUAUUCACCUCAAAUCAAAAUAUUUUGGUAGCUAUAUAUCAAAUAUUUAUGAAAACAUCCUCAAAAAUAAAAAGAACUAAAACAAAUUUGCUAAUGCUAAAAGAUACUCAGAACACGAUGAUGAAUGA